AGCACCAGUCGUUCACACUCUGCGAGGUCUGCAACAUCCAGCUCAACUCAGCCGCGCAGGCUCAGAUCCACUACAACGGCAAGUCCCACCAGAAGCGCCUCAAGCAGCUCAACAAGGGGAAGAUGCCGGCAGCCCAAGUCGGACCAGGAGAGUGGUAAUAGACCUUCUUACUAAGUUAAAUGUGCAGGCUGCUCCUCAAGGCACGGUGCGGUUCAACCGUAGUGUUUGAUUUCCCAGCCACAGCAGCAUGGUGCCUCCGGGGAAAAAGCCGGCUGGGGAAACUUCCAAUUCCAAUAAAAAGUGUAAACGCUAUUUCAAUGAGCACUGGAAGGAAGAGUUUACCUGGCUGGAGUUUGACUAUGAGAGGAAACUCAUGUUUUGCGUAGAGUGUCGGCAGGCACUGGUGAAGAACAAGCACGGUAAGGCGGAGAACGCCUUUACCGUGGGCACGGACAACUUCCAGCGCCACGCGCUGCUGCGGCACGUCACCUCCGGCGCGCACCGCCAGGCGCUGGCCGUGAACCGCGAGCAGCUGGCCUUCGAGACCCGCGUCCGCGGCCACCCCGAACUGCGCUCGGUCAUCAAGGUGGAGGUGAACCCGGCGAAGGUGGCCGUCCUCACCACCGUCUACUGGAUGGCCAAGGAGGAGAUCCCGGAUGAGAAGUGCUCCUCCCUGCUCAGCUUCCAGAAGUUCAACCUGUGCCAGGCGCUGCUGGCCUCGGAGCACAGCGAGUACUACCACCCCGGCAGCGUCAGGGAGAUGCAGGCAGCCAUCGCCAAAGUCCUGCACAACGAGGACAGGCACAGGAUCAAAGCCUCGCCGUUUGUGGGGCUGGUGGUGGACGAGACGGUGGAUGUCCUGGAGCACCGCAGCCUCGCCAUGUUCACCACGACUGUCUCCCCCUGCAACGGGCAGACCUCCACCGCCUUCCUGGGCAGCUUCGAGCUGCCCGCCGGGGAGGCCUCCACCGUGGCGGGCAAGGUGGGCGAGGUGAUGCGCUCCUUCGGCAUCCCCACCAUGAAGCUCACCUGGCUCAGUGCCGACAGCGCCUCGCUGGUGGCCGAGCGGCUGAGCGGGGUGGGGACCGCGCUAACCUCGCUGUGCCCGCUCCUCACCGAGAUGCACUGCCUGUCCCACGGCAGCUCCCUGCUGCCGGCUGAGACCAUCGGCACCACCGAGUACCUCCGGAAGUACGAGACCACUGUGGAUGCCGUGUACAGGCUCUACUCCAGCUGCCGGGGGGAGAGCGAUGGCCUGCAGGAGCUGCGGAGAGUCCUGGACCUUUGUGAGAUAGACCUCGGGAGCCCCAAAGCCAUCCGCUGGACUUCUGUCUUCCCAGCUGUGGAAGCCAUCGACUCCUCAUGGCCCACGCUGGUGCUGCUGCUGGAGAGCGAGGCGGAGCACUCGCCUGUGGCCCGUGGACUCUGCGAAGAGCUCAAGAAGUUCCAGUUUGUGGCCUUCACCAAGAUCCUCCUGGACGUCCUCCCCAUCUUUCAGAAGCUCAGUCGCUUCUUCCAGAUCGAGGACUUUGACCUUUCCAUCCUGAAGCCCAUCGUCUCGGCCACGGCCACCACGCUGCAGGCCCAGCAGAGCACCAGCGGCCAGAACCUCCAGGAGUUCCUCAGCGAGAUGAACGAGCACCCGCAGGACGGCCGGGAGGGCGAGAGCCGCCUCUACUACAAGGGUAUCGAGCUGGCCAACUGCUCCCAGGUGCACCUGAAGCACUUUGAGCACUUGAAGGAGACCUACCUGGAGAGUGUGCGGGGCAACCUGCUGGACAGGUUCCCCACCAGUGUUCUGGAGGCCAUCAGCUCCUUCUCGGCCAUUUUCAACCCCAAGUGCUACCCCCAGUCUCUGGAGGACAUUGGCAGCUACGGGGUCAGCGAGCUGAAUUUCCUGCUGCAGGCGUACUCGCGGGUGGUGGUGAGUGAGAGGGCCCUGAGUGACUUCCCCCUCUUCAAGCGCAUCGUCUUCAGCCUCAGCCAGCUCUCCUUCAAGGACCUCUGUGUCAAGCUGGUCUACAGCAGCUCUGAGAUGCACGAGCUCUUCCCAGACUUCGCUGUCCUGGCGGCCAUCGCCCUGGCCCUGCCCUUGGGCUCAGUCCUUGCCGAGAAGAUCAGCCGGGGCCGGGAGCUGCUGAAGCGCAGCCGGUCGCGCCGGAUGAAGGGCGAGGGGCUCUCUGACCUCAUGAAGAUCGCCAUCGACGGGCCGGCCAUCAGUGAGUUUGACUUUGCGUUGGCCGUCGAGUACUACGAGAGCAUGAGGGAGUCUGGGUUCAUCGUGACGCAGGUGAAGUAAGCGUGGCCAGUGAGGGCUGAGCCCUCGGGCGGGAGCCGGGGCCUGCAGGCAGUGCCCAGCACCAGCUCAGUGCUGCCUUUCCACAUCGCUGGUCACUGCAGGGCUGGGCAGCCACAGUGGAUGGUGACCUGCUCCGUGCUGGGAAGAGGAAACAGGAUCCUUCACAAAGCCAUGCUGGUCCUGUGACCACAUCUCCCUCAUCCCCCAAGCGUCUGGCCGAAUCGCCCACAGUUCAAAAUCCCGGGGCCACCUGAGAUCCCAGAUUGCAGUGAUUUUUUUCCCCAAGAGUUUGUCAUUAUUUUGUUUUAGGGAUAUGAAGGCAAAUCCUUGAGCUCAAAUGUCAUGUUGCCUUUGCACAAAGAUACCCAGCAGCUUCUGCUUAAUACUCUGCAAAAAUAAUAAUAUCUGUUGUUCUGGAGCCUCGAGAGCGAAUGCAGAAAAGGCAGAGCAUCCUCCUAGCCCUGAGUCGACCCCGACAUGCCUGGCGGUGUCGUGUUGGUGUUCCUUGUGCACAGCACAGAGUAUUUUUAGCAGUGGCAUCGAGUCAUGAUCAUUUCAAGAGCAAGAGAUUUAGGGAAUGAUAUUGUAAUGGCCGAGGAAAUACAACUUUAAAUGCGUCAUUGUGUACAUAUGUGUAUGUGUGUAUAUAUAUAAAUAUACAUAUAUAAAUAUAUAUAUUAAAAAGGUCUAUCUUAAUUUUUCUAGUGCUUAAAGUAUAAAGAUAUAUAAAGGGAAUUUCUUUUUGCAAGGACAGAAUAAAUUAUGAUCGGGGUCCAGAAAUAAUCAGUAGUGAAUUUCUGAUCUUUCCAAAAUAUCCACACAUCCUGGCUUUCCCUUUGUACCCUGAGCUCUUAGCAACCUGCUACCCAAGAGAAAGUCCUUCAACACCUGCUUUUGGGACCAUCCAGAGGUGUUCAGCUUAUGUGUUCCUCCUCUGAAGUGUUACUCUCUUUAUCCAGAGGUGAGCAGAGCUGUUAUUGCCCAUAGUGGGUGGGGGCUUGGACCCCUCUGCCCUCGGAUCUGGGGGUGCUGGCACGGUGGCUGAGCGGGGUUGGGAUACUGUGUGGUGUGUUCCAGCAUGACAGGGCUCUGCUGGUGUUGACUUGGAGGGCUGUUUCCUUUAGAUCUGACUGAUUCUAAUCAGCAAUAAACCCAAUGCAGCAGCCCGAAGCAUCACCUCAGUUGAAUCCUGAGGGCUGGGUCCUUUGCUGGGAUUGCCAAAAGCUGCCCCACCUGCUGCCCCUUGGUCUGGUUGCUCUGGGAGUCCAGUCUGUUGCAGUCUGUUUAUUACUGGUCUGGAUCCCAGAGGUACCUGGGCUGCACUGGUGCUGCUGUUGUGGUCCAGUGUUGUGACUGUUUCUCCUCCAGCCCUCACCCUUUGGCACUGGGGAGCACACACGUGUCUCCCAGGGAGCCUCCUGGAAAGAGCUGGAGUGAGUUCAUCCCAUGCUUGCUCAGAGACAAAGUUUUAAAAGCCCUGUGUAAGGAUUUGGAGACGCCACCAAAAAUUUGCUGAGAACACCUCCCUAGCGGGGAGGGAGCCAGGCUGCCUCCGUGUGAAUAAACAGCUCCGUCUCCAUCUGGCCUGGGCAGACUCUGCGCCAGAUGCUCUCUGAGGCAGCAGCGUCUGCGGAGAUGGGUCCUUGGCAGGCUCGUGUUGGUAUGAGAACCUGCAGCGCUGGCCCUGCUGCCUUCAGAGGCAGCUCUGGGAGGUUCACACACAUGGGGUGUCAGAGCACACAACAGUUGCUCUUCUCUGCCUCGCAGGGACCAGGGGAAAACCUGCUGCAGGUGUGUGUUGAGUGGCUGUGUGGAGUGAAGGGCUGGGGAACAGGCUGGGGGCUGUGCCCAUGCACGGUCCGGUGGGCUUGGUUAAAUGUAAGGCUGAAACACACCUUUAAAUUCCAAGGGGCCCCUCUGAGAGUCACUUGUCUGCAGGACAGGAACUGGGCUGAGCU